AUGGCACGGUCGGCGCACGACGAGGUGACCGACUCCGGGGCCUUCGACCCGUCGCCGUCCACCUUCCGGAGCUUCGUGUCCAGGGACAGAUCCGCCCGGUUCCCCGCCGCGCCGGGGAGGUACCACCUCUACGUCUCCUACUCUUGCCCCUGGGCGUGCCGGUGCCUCGCCUACCUCAAGCUCAAGGGCCUCUACCACGUCAUCGGAUUCACGUCGGUCAAGCCCAUCUUUGAGAGGACCAAGGAGACCGACGACCACAUGGGUCAUGGGGUUCUGUGGGACAAGCGGCUCAAGACCAUCGUCAACAACGAGAGCUCCGAGAUCAUCCGGAUGCUCAACACAGAGUUCAACGAGUUCGCCGAGAAUCCUGGCCUGGAUCUGUACCCUGCUCAUUUACAGUCCUCCAUUGAUGAGAUCAAUGAGUUGGUGUAUGAGGCGAUAAACAUCGGCGUCUACAAAUGUGGCUUUGCAAAGCAGCAGGGGCCAUACGAUGAGGCUGUCAUCAAACUGUAUGAGGCUCUGGACAAAUGUGAGGAUAUUCUAAGCAGGCAACGCUUUCUAUGCGGCAAUCAACUUACAGAGGCAGAUGUUCGCUUGUUUACAACUCUUAUAAGAUUUGAUGAGGUUUACUCUGUUUACUUCAAAUGCAACAAGAAGCUUAUAAGGGAAUAUCCAAAUCUGUUCAAUUACACCAAGGACAUAUACCAAAUUUCUGGCAUUAGCAGCACGGUUAACAUGGAGCACAUUCGGAAGAGCUACUAUGGAGGUUAUUCGCCCAUAAAUCCAAACGGGAUUAUCCCUGUGGGCCCAAACAUCGAUUAUAAUGCUCCGCAUGAUAGAGAGAAGUUCAAGGCUUAG